GCCCCUGCCCGCCCUGAGCGCCCCUGCCCGCCCGCGCCCCCCGCCAUGGAGCGCAUCCCCAGCGCGCAGCCCCCGCCCGGCUGCCUGGGCAAGCUGCCCGCCCUGGAGAGCGGAGACCUGCCCGGGCUGGACUUCGCGCACAUGUACCAGGUGUACAAGCCCCGGAGGGGAUUAAAGCGGAGCGAGGACAACAAGGAGACCUACAAGCUGCCGCACCGGCUGAUCGAGAAGAAGAGGCGCGACAGGAUCAACGAGUGCAUCGCGCAGCUGAAGGACCUGCUGCCCGAGCACCUCAAGCUGACGACUCUAGGGCACCUGGAGAAGGCUGUGGUUCUGGAGCUCACCUUGAAGCACGUGAAGGCACUGACCAAUCUCAUCGAGCAGCAGCAGCAGAAGAUCAUCGCUCUGCAGAACGGUUUGCAGGCGGGUGACCUGUCAUCGAGAAACCUCGAUUCCAGCCAGGAAAUGUUUCGAUCCGGUUUCCAGAUGUGUGCCAAGGAAAUGCUGCAAUACCUGGCAAAGCACGAGAACGGCAAGGAGCUGAAGUCGUCGCAGCUGGUCAGCCACCUGCACCGGAUGGCCAGCGAGGUGCUGCAGGGCGGGGCGGCCCGCAAGCCCGGGGACACCCCUCCCAAAAUGCUGGACCUGAAGGAGAAGCCGGCGCCGCUGGGCGCGGCGGGCGAGGGCCACGGGAAGAACUGCGUGCCCGUGAUCCAGCGGACAUUCGCUCACUCCAGCGGGGAGCAGAGCGGCAGCGACACGGACACGGACAGCGGGUACGGGGGAGAGCUGGACAAAAGCGACUCCAAAUCGGAACAGCCCUAUUUCAAACGGGAUACCGACCUCAAGUACGCUGUCCAGGAGAGAAUAAGCUCUAUUAAGCAAGAGACUGAGGACCCGCCGGCCAAAAGGAGCAGGCUGGAGUCGCCGCAGGACGAGGGCCCUUUUGGCAGUGACAUGAUGGGCCCUGCCAGCGGCUUCCUGGGCCCCCACGCUCACCAGCCUCCCCUGUGCCUGCCUUUCUACCUGAUCCCGCCGUCCGCCACCGCCUACCUGCCCAUGCUGGAGAAGUGCUGGUACCCGGCCUCGGUUCCCGUGCUGUACCCCAGCCUGCCGGCCUCUGCCGCAGCUCUGACGGGCUUCAUGAACCCCGACAAAAUCUCCCCCCCUCUGCUGAUGCCCCAGAGACUCCCUUCUCCUGUACCGGCCCAUUCCCCCAUCGACUCCUCGGCUCUGCUUCAAGCUUUGAAGCAGAUUCCUCCUUUGAACUUGGAAACCAAAGACUGAGCACAGUGUGACUGGUUUUACUUUUUUUCCUUUUUUUUGGUUUUUUUUUUUUUUUUUUAGUUUGAGAGACUGUUUCACUUUUAUAUAUUGGCUGGACUGAGGUGUGGGGACGAGGUUCACUGUGCGUAGGAAGCUAAAUCCCCUUUUCUCUGACUUGUCAGGUAGCUUGGAGAAGGAUGAAGGAUGCGCCCAGGUUAGCGAUUGACAGCUACUUCCAAAAGAUUAAAGAAGGAUUUUGCGCUUGGCCCCUUCCCUUCUUCCCUCGCCACAUCUACAGAGCAACAGUUGACUCAGUCAGCUGUGACUCUAUUGCAAAGCUGUGAAGAAAUAUUCCAUUGGGCAGGCCUGGUUUGAGGGUCUGUGAAUACAAAAUAGAUUAAUAUAAACCACGGUACUUCCCUGAGCGGCUCUGGAGGCAACGGCCCUGCUGGUUUAUCUCAGCUGGGCUGCUGUCCCAGUGACCCCACAGGGUGAUGGUGGCAAUGCCACCGUGAGCACAGCAGGAGCAAGGCAGUGGUCACUGUGCUGUGGUGGUGGCAAUGCCACUGUGAGCACAGCAGGAGCAAGGCAGUGGUCACUGCAGGGGCAGCAAUGUCACCAGGAGGAGCAGGGUAGUGGCCACUGAGGUGGUGGCAGUGGUGGCAAUGCCACCAGGAGGAGCAGGGCAGCAGUCACUGUGGUGUGGUGGUGGCAAUGCCACUGUGAGCACAGCAGGAGCAGGGCAGUGGUCACUGCAGGGGCAGCGAUGCUACCAGGAGGAGCAAGGCAGUGGCCACUGUGGUGGUGGCAAUGCCAUUGUGAGUCCAGGAGGAGCAGGGCAGUGGUCAUUGUGCUAUAGUGGUGGCACUGCCACUGUGAGCACAGCAGGAGCAGGGCAGCGGUCACUGCCUGGUCACACACAGAUCAGGCAGACAGACCCACGGCGGGUUUCUCUCCACACCUUUGCUGAUACAUAGAUAUUUUUUUACAAAAUAAAAGGUAGCUGCUGCUUGGAGCUUUCCAUGGCGUACAUCUAAUAAAUAAAUUAACCUGCGCCCUUCCUGUAACUUGAGCUGCUCCGUUGGGCCGGCUCGGGAGGAGCUGUCCCGGGAUGGAGGGGUCGGGAGGAGCCGUCCUUAGGAUGGAGGGGUCGGAAGGAGCCGUCCCGGGAUGGAGGGGUUGGAAGGAGCCGUCCUUAGGAUGGAGGGGUCAGAAGGAGCCGUCCCGGGAUGGAGGGGUCAGAAGGAGCUGUGCUGUCCCCGGGCUCGCCUCGCUGGUGUCCCCGGCUCCUGCGCUGCCGCUCCCCCGGGAGUCACCGCGGCUUUCCCGGCCGGAGGGAGCCCUUCAGCCCGAGCUGGCAGCGCCAUCCGUGCCCAUCCCUGCUGAGCGCGCCCCUGGCAGUGCCCCAGGAGAGUGGCAAGGCUGGCAUUGCCCAGCAGCCCGAUCCCGGCCGGGCUGGAGCCCUCCUGGCACACCUGGCUCCCGUCCCGAGUUAAGGGGAGAGGGGCUGGGUGGUGACUCUUGUCCUGUGAGCUGCAAGGGCUUUCUCCACAGAGGAACAUCCUCUCCAGUUUAGCUUCUUUUUAAUUAAAUCCCCCAAACUGCACUGCUAAAGGCAGUGCUCUUUGGUGGCUUUUUCUUACUGGUUUUGAGAACUGGUGAGCAGAGCCCCUAUCUGGAUCCUCAUGUCGCCCUCCCAUUGCACCAGCUGUUGAGAUGCACUAUGCUUGAUUGCAGAUUGUGUUCUAACGUUUAUUUUGUUGUUGGUUUUUUGGGUUUUUUUGGUAUAAAGUCGUUGCCUUUAUUUGUAAAAUCCUGUUAUAAAUAUAUAUAUAUAUUAUAUAAAUAUAUUAAAAGUUAAAACGUUUCAGAUGUCUAUUAUUUGUAUAACUACUUGAGCAUAAAGAAGUGAGAAAUAUGAAUGUAUUCUUGUUUCUGGGUUGUCUUUUUUUUUUUUGAAGAGAAGAAUAUUCCGUUUUUCUCUCGGGAGAGGUACAGUGUUUAUAUUUUGGAGCCGCCUUCAAGGUGGGAUAUUGUACAUAUUUUUAUCUUGAGUAAAUGUUAAGUAGCUGUUUAAAAAUGCUUAAUAAAAUAAUUCUUUUCCU